AGGUAGGGUAAGUAAAAUUGAUGGAAGUGGCUUCUUAUGAAACUUCGCAAUAAGUAUCUUUCUUGCAUCUUCCCAUCAUAAUUAAUAUCUUUCAAUGUCCCCUUUGCCUCUUGAUUCCUUCGAAGACUACAUUCCCCCGCAAGACAAGGCCAAGGGUAGCUCUUAAAGUGUACGCAACAGCAACUGAAAAAGAUAAAAAGCUUAUCAGCUCAGGGAGACACUUUAUCUGAUUGUCGUAUCAAAAACAGAGGAGACAGAGACAGAAACAGAGGAAGCUGGAAUCCUGCAGAGAAAACGGUCCCCCAGUUCCCAUAACAGCAAUUUUACCAUUUAUUUUCUUGCUUUUCUCUUUAUUUUUGAGACAAAGAAGAUGCUCUUUCCAUGUUUUUUUCUAGUUGGAAUCUUUACAACAUCUCUUUGAAUUCAAACACAAACCCCUUCUUCUUCCGACGUCAACGAAUCUAUGCCCGUUAGUGGCUAAACAAAAGACAAAAGAAAAACUCUUCAACUGUAUGAUGAAUAUGCAUCGCAGUCUGCUCGAAAGAGAGCCAAGCGUGGCACCCGCCAAUGGGAAAACAAGACAAGAUUCUUACAUUAGCGACACCAAUUUCGACACAAACACCGUGAUUAUAUUGGCUGCUUUGUUGUGUUCGGUGAUUGUUGCUCUAGGAUUGAACUCUAUUGUUCGUUGUGCUUUGCGUUGUUGCAGAAGGUUUGCCUUCGAGACGCCAGAGCAAGCCGCAGCUCGUUUGGCCGCCACAGGGCUGAAGAAACGGGAUUUGAGCCAGAUUCCAGUGGCGGUUUAUGGGAAAGGGGUGAAUAAUUUUCCAGGAACUGAGUGCCCAAUUUGCUUAGGAGAGUUUGCUGAUGGAGAAAAAGUUCGAGUGCUACCUAAAUGCAAUCAUGGGUUCCAUGUGAGGUGCAUAGACACAUGGCUUUUGUCACACUCCUCUUGCCCCAAUUGCCGGCUUUCGUUGCUUGAACACACGGCGGCUGGUUCAGGUGCAGGUCCACAACAACAACCACCUGCAGCAAGGGUGUCGGAGAAUGAUAACCGGCGGCAAGGAAAUGUGGUUAUUGAAGGGGCAAGUUGAUAUUUGCAGGCUGUAGAUGUAGACAGGGGAUUUGGUAAUUUCUGGAGUUGGUGGAGGUUGGAAAUGUACAUGCAUCUAUCUUAGAAAUUAAUUGAGUAAUGGUAAUGAAUUUUGUUAGGCGAAAAUUGCAGAUCCGAAAGCGUGACUAUGAAUUAUGCUUCUCAUCUUUAGAUUCAAAUUGCUUUAAUCCCAACCGUUAAUUCUGUUUAACCACUUAGAAGCUGAAGAGUUUUUAUAUUUUUUUUUAUGAAAAAGCUCAUAUGGAUGUGCAUGUAAAAGUUUUGAUGAAUUAGGAGGACAAGAUUGAGAGUGAAGUGUGAAUAAAUAUUAUAAUAGCACAUGAAAGCGGCGUAUAGAUAUUUUCCGCUUUCGCCUAUGAGCGCAUGCUUUACUUUUUCUCAUAAGAUAAAAUACGAUUUGAUAGUUCCUUCUGAACUACAUAAUUAUAUCAUAAAUUUUAAUUAUGUUUUUAUUCUAAUUUGUAUAAUAAUUUUUCAGUUUAAUUAUCAAUAAAAAUUUAUCGUUUAUUUUUUUU